AUGCCUCCCCACAGCUACUUGUUAAGGCGCAACACUCCGAUACGACGUACUCCGCAAGUAUCGUGGAAGAAAUUGCUCUAUUUGAAACAGCCUUUUCCAGACAACUAUACAGACCAAUCAUUUCUAUCUCAACUCAAGAGAAACACUACCGUUGCCAAAUACUCGUAUAUCAAACUUGUCAAAGAUUUCUCUUUGAUAGUGUUUUACAUUUCGGUGAUAUUGGUGGUCGUGCUUAUGUUCACGGGAAUCUACUUGCACCAAUGGAGUUCGAUGCUUCCUACUAUGGUGACUAGUGCUCUCUCGAUACUGGGGUUUAUCAUAUUGAAAGUUUUCGAUAAGAGCUACAACACUAAAGUAGGCAAAAUUGGUUAUUAUUCUCAACGGUUGAAUAUGAAAUCAUUUGUUCUCAUUAUCUUCAUUUUGCUAAUCCUUUCGCCGGUACUUAAGUCCUUGACCAAGUCGACUGCUUCUGAUUCUAUCUGGGCUCUAUCGUUCAUUCUUUGCGUGUGUAAUACGAUAUUCCACGACUAUUCCAUGAACUCGUCGUCCCUGGAUGUUUCAGAGCUUCAGUAUAGACCAAUAAUAUCGACCAAUAUCUCACUUUCCAACUCUAUUGUGCUUGCUUCUAGAUUGGGAAGCACGUCUCAGGUAUUCUUCUUUGUUCUCUUCUCGAUUCAGGUGAAUAUUCUCCUACCAUUGUUUGACUUCAAUGCCAGAAGAGCUCAGUUUUACAGAUUACACUGGACGGUGUACUUUAUCGUCUUCAAUUUCGUCAACUAUUUGAUCAUACUAUUGUUGGGGACGAAGUUCCUUUUCUACUGGUUUGUGGCUGUAUUGGGCAUUGUUUUCUUAAUGCCAGCAUAUUUCUUAUUUCUCCAGCGUUAUAAGAACGAACUACAAGGACCUUGGGACACGGCCAAGCCCAUCAUCAAUACAAACUAG